UUUAGUAUUCCUUUUGGUUCGUUAGAAGUUAGAUCGACUUUGCUAAAGAAAAAUAUCAGAUUCUUCCGCUUUUCUCUUUGUCAAAUUGGUUUCAAUAUUUGGUUGAAUUUUUCAUAGCCAUGGCUCCAAAGGAUCCCAAGCAUGCUGCUGCUGCUAGCGCCAAUGGGGGUGGCUUCUUUGCUUCACUUGCUUCCAGUUUGUCCAAUUUUGGAACUGCCAUGUCAAAAUCCGUGAAUGGUAUAAUGGGCUAUGAGGGGCUGGAGGUUGUUAAUCCAGAAGGAGGAACCGAAGACGCAGCAGAGGAAGCGGAGAAGGGACGAUGGAAGCAAGAGGAUCGGGAUAGUUACUGGAAAAUGAUGCAGAAGUAUAUAGGCUCUGAUAUCACAUCAAUGGUGACACUUCCAGUUAUCAUUUUUGAGCCAAUGACAAUGCUACAGAGAAUGGCAGAGCUGAUGGAAUACUCUUACCUUUUAGAUUUGGCAGAUGAGACUGAGGAUCCAUACAUGAGACUUGUAUAUGCUUCAUCAUUCUUCAUAUCUGUCUAUUUUGCUUACACACGAACAUGGAAACCUUUCAAUCCAAUUCUUGGGGAGACUUAUGAAAUGGUUAACCAUGGUGGCCUAACAUUUAUAGCAGAACAGGUCAGCCAUCACCCUCCCAUGAGUGCUGGGCAUGCUGAAAAUGACCACUUUACUUAUGAUGUGACGUCGAAAUUGAAAACCAAAUUUCUUGGCAACUCAGUUGAUGUAUAUCCUAUUGGAAGAACACGAGUUACCCUCAAAAGAGAUGGUUCGGUCCUUGAUUUGGUGCCACCUCCAACAAAAGUUAGCAAUUUGAUUUUUGGACGAACUUGGAUUGACUCACCAGGGGAGAUGAUCCUUACAAAUCUGACUACUGGCGAUAAAGUCGUGCUGUAUUUUCAACCAUGCGGCUGGUUUGGAGCUGGUCGGUAUGAGGUGGACGGAUACGUAUAUAAUGCUUCCGAUGAGCCAAAGAUACUGAUGACAGGAAAAUGGAAUGAGGCUAUGAGUUAUCAGCCUUGUGACUCAGAGGGAGAGCCACUUCCGGGCACUCAAAUGAAAGAGUCAUGGAGAGUUGCCGAGACUCCGAAAAACGACAAAUUCCAGUACACACAUUUUGCACAUAAGAUCAACAGCUUUGACACCGCUCCCAAGAAGUUAUUGGCAUCCGACUCUCGUCUCCGACCCGACAGAAUGGCCCUUGAGAAGGGUGACCUUUCCACAGCUGGCAAUGAGAAAAGCAGUUUGGAGGAGAGGCAGAGAGCAGAGAAGCGAAACCGCGAGGCCAAGGACCACAAGUUCGUUUCCAGAUGGUUUGAUUUGACAGAGGAAGUAACUCCUACACCAUGGGGUGACUUGGAAGUUUAUCAAUACAACGGUAAAUACACUGCACAUCGCGCCGCUAUCGAAAGCUCUGCCUGCAACGACGAACCUGACAGCAGCAGAACAGAGUUCAACCCUUGGCAAUAUGAUAAUUUGGAUGCUGAAUAAGCAUUCUUGUGAAAUUCUUUCCAUUAGUUUUUUUAAAAUAUUUUUUGUCAGAUUGUUAUAAAGCUUGUAUGUAUUUUAUAUGAUGCUUGAUUCUUUUUUUUUUUUUGCCUUUACUUUUUUGGUUUGCCGGUGGGGCUGCGUUUUGCUAUUGUAGGAUUACAUAAUGAAUAUUAACCUUGUUACUUGUUAGUUUAUCAAUAUACUUUGCGUAUAUAAAUUUUAGGUAUUAUGUAAUUUACUGCUAGUAUAAUUUAUUAAUUUUUGGCUUAAAUAAGUUUUCGCUGUCUAUAAAAUACUUAUAUUUUGGUUGUCUUUUGUAAAAUUUUUCUUUGAU